AUGGUCAGGAAAGGGUGGGAAGUAAUAUCCACUAAAGACAAACCUCCCAACUCACACUUCGAGCGUUACAAACUAUUAAAUGUCACAAGGGCUAAGAUGGUCCUCCAUCACCUCUAUAACGAACUCUUUGACGAUGUGAAGAACACUCGGGGGAAGGACCCCAACCAAAACUACUACUGCCUUGUCGUUAUCGUGUGGCUCUUCAUCGCACAAAUUAAGUCUACAUUUGAGGUCUCCGACGCACUACUAGUAGCCUUUGGCAACCUCUCCAUGUUGCUUGAUGACUCCUAG